UUUCCUGUUGCAGGUGAGACAGGCUCAGGUAAAACCACGCAGAUACCGCAGUACCUGUAUGAGGCCGGCAUCGGCCGGCAGGGCAUCAUCGGCAUCACUCAGCCGCGCCGCGUCGCCGCCGUAUCACUGGCAGCACGAGUGGCCGAAGAGAAGAAGGUCCAGCUGGGAAAACUGGUGGGCUACACGGUGCGCUUUGAGGACGUCACGUCGUCGGAGACCAAGCUGAAGUUCAUGACGGAUGGGAUGUUGCUGCGGGAGGCGAUAGGCGAUCCGUUACUACUGCGCUACACCGUGGUGAUCCUGGACGAGGCUCACGAGCGCACCGUUCACACAGACGUGCUGUUCGGCGUGGUGAAGGCCGCUCAACGCAAGCGCAAUGAACAGAACAAAAUACCUCUGAAGGUUGUUGUGAUGUCUGCCACCAUGGAUGUGGAUCUGUUCUCUCAGUACUUCAACAAAUCACCGGUUCUGUAUCUGGAGGGCCGACAGCAUCCCAUUCAGAUCUACUACACCAAACAGCCUCAGUCCGACUAUCUGCAGGCAGCGCUCGUCUCCAUAUUUCAGAUUCACCAGGAAGCUCCAGCGUCGCAUGAUAUCCUGGUGUUCAUGACGGGUCAGGAGGAGAUUGAAGUGCUGGCUCGCACCUGUCGGGACAUUUCCAAACACCUGCCGGAGAGCUGCGGGCCGAUGACGGUGGUGCCGCUCUACGCCUCGCUGCCGCCGGCUCAGCAGCUGCGGGUGUUUCAGCCCGCGCCCAAGGGAUCCAGGAAGGUGGUUCUCUCCACAAACAUCGCGGAAACCUCCAUCACCAUCUCCGGCAUCAAAUACGUGAUCGACACGGGGAUGGUGAAAGCCAAGCGCUACAAUCCAGACAGCGGUCUGGAGGUGUUAGCGGUCCAGCGCGUGUCUAAAGCUCAGGCGUGGCAGCGCUCCGGUCGAGCCGGGAGAGAAGACGCCGGCUCAUGUUACCGUCUCUACACUGAAGAGGAGUUUGACAACCUCGCCAACAUGACCGUACCCGAGAUACAGAGGUGUAAUCUGGCCAGUGUUAUUCUGCAGCUGCUCGCUCUGGGCGUUCCUGAUGUCCUCAACUUUGACUUUAUGUCCAAACCGUCCCCUGAGUCGCUGCGGACGGCUGUGGAGCAGCUGUGUAUCCUCGGCGCUGUCGAUAGAAAAGACGAUCAGGUGUCUUUAACGCCGCUGGGCAAGAAAAUGGCCUGCUUCCCUCUAGAGCCUCGCUUCUCCAAAACUCUGCUGAUCUCUCCUGAUUUCUCCUGCGCUGAGGAGGUUCUGACCAUCAUCUCGCUCCUCUCCGUCGACUCGGUCCUCUACAAUCCUCCCGCGCGCAGAGACGACGUCCUCGCCGUCCGCAAGAAGUUCAUCUCCAGCGAGGGCGACCACAUGACGCUCCUCAACAUCUACAGGGCCUUUAAGAAAGUCAGCGGAAACAAGGACUGGUGUCGAGAGAACUUUGUGAACAGCAGGAAUAUGGGGCUGGUGUUGGAGGUUCGAGCUCAGCUCAGAGACAUCUGCAUCAAGUGAACAUGAAGC